AUGGCAACAGAACCAUUACUCAGUGGCCCGGAGAUGGAGGCGGCGUUGAAGGAGCCGUAUGGGUCGACGGCCAGUACAAGUGACGAGCCGACGCCCAGUACUUCUUCUGGAGCAAGAGAGAGCAAGGAACUCGAAGCCACCGGUGGCUCAUUCUCCCAAAAAGAACUCGAAGCAGCAGCAGGGGACCCGGAAAGACAUCGCACAAAAUUGGAAGAGGUUUCCAAGAAUGAGCAUUAUCCAUUCGGGCUGAGCAUCGUGGUGAUAUUGACGGUGGCGAUGUGGUUUUCAACAUGCCAUAUGACUCUCUGCUACCCGAUGUACAUUUUGAUGGCGCAUUUUGUGAAGAAGCAGAGCUUGCGGGAGAUUCAUGAGGAUUCCGUCACGAUCUUCAAGGGUCGAGGCAUCAGCCCGAUGUCGAUGCUGCUCUAUGUAAUGCCAUUUUUGAUCCUCUGGGUGGCAGCCAACUACAGCUAUUCCAGAUCACUCGGCUCGAUCUCGGCCUCCGUGGCCACAUCAAUCUCCUCGUGCAACACGGCCAUCGUCUACAUUCUGGCCAUAUUGCUGCUUGGGGAUAAAUUCGUUCCGCAUAAGCUCCUCUCCGUGGUGUUCGCUGUGGCCGGCGUCACCGUGAUGGCGUUCGACGGCGAGAUCUCCGGCGAGGUGCCCGGCAUCGUGUUGUCGGUCAUCUCCGCGGCAUCGGCCGCUUGUUAUAAAGUGUGCUUCAAGCGGGUCAUUGGGAGCGCCUCUUUUCCGCAGGUGUCCCUCUUCAUGACGUGCCUCGGCACCCUGAACUUGUUCAUCAACGCCGCCGCCAUUUUGAGCUUGUUGUUCAACUUCACCAUCAACCUCGGCAUCGCCAUCCUGCACCCGUUGGUGAUCUCGGUCGGGAUGUUGGUCGGGAUCCCGUUGAAUACAGCAAUCGACGUCGUCUUCCGCUCCGUCGAACCGACCGUCUUCUUUUUGACCG